GUCUACAGGACAUAUUAUCGCUUGUGAAAAAGAAUUAUAAUUUGGAAGAGUUUCAGUGAAAUAACCGAGACAGCUAAGAGAAUCUGUAAACUUUACUGGCAAAAGAAACAGAAAUGACCAACAUGGCUUUCGUUUCAACCAAAAUGCUGUUUGCUUUAACGAUCUUGAUUUACUUUGGUGGAAAUCUGAUCAAUUGCAAUGAAGAUAUUCCUAUUUGUGACGAGCAAUUAAAACAACUGAAAGAAGACGUGGAAAACUGGGAAAAGAGCUGUGUGAAACAAAGACUGCGAAACUUGCAUGAAUUUGAACGAUAUUUUCCUAGAGCACUAUGGUAUGACUGGGAAGCCAGACGAUAUUCCUGGGAAGUUAGACGAUAUUUGAAUGAACAUCGACGUGAGGAUAAUUCCUCUGGUUGCACGGCAGAAAAAGAAUAUCUCCAGGAGAGAAUGCGUAUGCACUCAGAGAUGUGCUUCUAUGACGGACCUUAUCCUGAGCAAUAUAUGUUCUUGGCGACAAAGACUGCAAUCUUGGCUGUCGAUUUAACGACGCUAGAUGAAACAGUCGUCGUAGAUGGAAAAGGAAAUAUAUAUACGCUGGACAUUGACAUGAAGAAUAAGAAAAUAUAUUUUGCGGAAGAAGAUAAAGAGAUUCGUCGGGCAAAUUAUGACGGAACUUAUGAAGAAAUCGUUGUGAAUGAUACUAAGACACAGGCAUUAACAAUUGAUUGGAUAGGACGUCGUAUAUUCUGGAUUGAUUACUACAAUAAUAUCAUUAACGUGGCGACUUUAGAUGGUAAAGACAGUAGAACGCUGAUUAAAACUCGCAGGCCUGUGGAUAUAGCAAUUGACCCCAUCGAAGGAUAUUUAUUUUGGACUGAGUAUGUUCGAGGAAAGGUAAUGCGAAGACACUUGGCUACUAAAAAGGAAAAACAAAUAUAUGGUUUCAACAGAGAUAAUGAAUACUUUCUGGCUUUCGAUUACAACAGGAAGCGAGUGUACGCGUACGACGGAUAUGGAACAGUUAAUGUCAUAAUUGAAAUGGAUUACGAUGGCCUUAACAUCAAUCAGACAACUAAUUAUGGCGCAGCUGUUCUUAGCGGAUGGAUGUCAGUGGACGUUAUUGGAGAUUUUCUUUACUGGAAAGAAAGAAGUUCACCCAUUGUCAUAAAAAUGAAUGUUACCAGCAGAGAUAUAUCUCGUUAUAUUCCGUUACCAAAACGCUUCGACGUGAGAAAGCUUCUCGUCGUAGACAAAAAUCGACAACCUGAAGGUGGAUGCCAAAAUGUUUCAUGUCGUCACGGCUACUGUUUGAAUAUUAAUGGUACUGAUAAAUGUCACUGUGAUAAUGGCACAAAAUACGAUGGAGAGUCUUGCACAGAUAUUAAUGAAUGUUUAUCAUCUCCAUGCAUGAAUCUUACUGGUUUCUUGAAGUCAUGCAACAACACUCCAGGAUCUUACGUCUGUAUGUGCGAGAACGGACCCUCUGUGGACGGGAAAGGAUGCGAAGCCAACGUUGAACUGAAAAUCAGAUUGAAUGGUUCGAGUAACAAUAUGAGUGGAAGAGUCGAAAUCUAUCAUCCAAAGUUUGGUUGGGGCACAGUCUGUGAUGAUCUCUGGGAUAUGAAGGAUGGUCAUGUCAUCUGUCGUCAGUUGGGUUUUGUUGGAGCGAACAAAACCAGAGACAAGGCUUACUAUGGCGAAGGAAGUGGUCAUAUUUUGCUUGAUGAUGUUCUCUGUUCUGGUCAGGAAUCAUUCAUCUGGAAUUGUUAUCACUCGGGAUGGAAGCAACAUAACUGCGACCAUUCUGAAGAUGCAGGUGUGGAAUGUUUCUGAGAUCUCGACCAUCCAAAAACUAGGACACUGGGUUUAUUACAUUAGUAGAUGAUAAAAAAACUUUCUAAUUUUCAUUUAAUCUAAAUAACAGAUGCAGCCGUAAUGCCAAGAGUAUAUUGCACAAGCAAAAAUUUCCUAAUUACACUUCCAUUGCUACCUGGGAUUACUGUAAAUU